CCCGGCCCCCGCAAACCCACGCGGACUACCACUCCCGGCAUGCCUCACGGCCUGCCGGCCAAUCGCGGCGCGCUUUGUUGCGGGGGCGCGGCACGCGCGGAGGCCCCGUUCAAGAUGGCGGACGACAGUGAGACAGCAGUGAGGCGGCCACCGGCGAGGACUUCGCGGCCGGCGGCGGAGGAGAACGACCACGAGCAUUGCAGCGACUGCGAGAACGAGGCGGAGCAUGGCUCCAACCGGGGGGGCCUGAGUCCAGCAAAUGACAGUGGAGCCAAAAAGAAGAAAAAGAAACCCAAAAGGAAGAAAGAGAAGGGAGGAGGAGACCAGGCUGACCAGGCUCAGGACCAGCCAGUGAAGGUGAACUCUUUACCUGCUGAGAGGAUCCAGGAGAUUCAAAAAGCCAUCGAGCUCUUCUCUGUAGGUCAGGGACCUGCCAAAACCAUGGAGGAAGCCAGCAAGAGGAGCUACCAGUUCUGGGACACACAGCCAGUGCCCAAGUUAGGAGAAGUGGUGAACACCCACGGCCCAGUGGAGCCAGACAAGGACAACAUCCGCCAGGAGCCCUACACCCUGCCCCAGGGCUUCACCUGGGACGCCCUGGACCUGGGGGACAGAGGUGUGCUGAAGGAGCUGUACACUCUGCUCAACGAGAACUACGUGGAGGAUGAUGACAACAUGUUCCGCUUCGAUUACUCGCCCGAGUUCCUGCUGUGGGCACUGCGUCCUCCAGGCUGGCUGCCCCAGUGGCACUGUGGGGUCCGAGUGGUGUCCAGCAAGAAGCUGGUGGGAUUUAUCAGCGCCAUUCCAGCCACCAUCCACAUCUAUGACACAGAGAAGAAGAUGGUGGAGAUAAACUUCCUGUGUGUGCACAAAAAGCUGCGCUCCAAACGGGUGGCUCCGGUUCUGAUCCGUGAGAUCACCAGGAGGGUGCAUCUAGAGGGAAUCUUCCAGGCUGUUUACACUGCAGGAGUGGUGCUGCCAAAGCCUGUGGGGACUUGCAGGUACUGGCACCGCUCCCUGAACCCUCGGAAGCUCAUCGAGGUCAAGUUCUCCCACCUGAGCAGGAACAUGACUAUGCAAAGAACCACGAAGCUGUACCGCCUGCCCGAGACUCCCAAGACUCCUGGCCUGCGGCCCAUGGAGCACAAGGACAUCCCUGCUGUGCACAAGCUCUUGACUGAGUACCUGAAGCAGUUCCACCUGACCCCUGUGAUGAGCAGAGAGGAGGUGGAGCACUGGUUUGUACCUCAGGAGAACAUCAUCGACACCUUUGUGGUGGAGAGUGCCCCAGGAGAGGUGACAGACUUCCUGAGCUUUUACACCCUGCCCUCCACCAUCAUGAACCACCCGACUCACAAGAGCCUGAAAGCUGCUUAUUCCUUCUACAACGUCCACACCAAGACGCCUCUCAUCGACCUCAUGAGCGACGCGCUCAUCCUCGCCAAGUCGAAAGGAUUUGACGUCUUCAAUGCACUGGAUCUCAUGGAGAACAAAACCUUCCUGGAGAAGCUGAAGUUUGGGAUCGGGGAUGGGAACCUGCAGUAUUACCUGUACAAUUGGAAGUGUCCCAGCAUGGCACCAGAGAAGGUUGGAUUGGUGCUGCAGUAAGGGAGCCCUUGCCAGGAGAGCGUGGAGGAGCCGGGCCUGAGGAGGUGCUGCCCUCAUCCUUUCUGCCAAAGCCGGAGCCACGCCAGGAGAGAGGGGCACCAGAGCCCCCCUGCUGCUGCCAGCCUCCUCCUUGUUUGAUUUAACUGCAUCCUCCUAAAGACAUGAUCAAGGGAAUGUAACUGCUGAAACUAGAUCAUGAUUGGCAUAUAAUGGAUUUAACGGGUGAAUAAUAAAAGUAUAUAUUAUAUAUUUUAAAAUCUUUCCUGUUCCCAACUGCCAUGAGUUACAUUCGGCUGCUGGAGGUCACCACUGGGCUGCUGGACUGGGACUUUUUUUUCUCCUUUGGGACAGCUGAGGUUGAUGCUGAUGGUGGCUGCUGGUCAAAACCCUCCUGCCUGCCCCGAGGGUGCUUCAGGCUCUUUGCCCCAGGUUUGCUCCUGACUCUGACAGGGGGAGAUUCCUUUCCAAGGGCUAUUUGUGCAAGAGAUGCCUUGUCCCACCUCCUGCCCAGCCACAGAGACUCCAACCCUUCCUGCUGGAUGGAUCCAGGGGGGUUCAGCUCCAGGCACACCCUGCUCUGCUCCUGGGGCUGCUUCCCCUCAGCCUCCCCACGGGGAUGCUCCACUGCCACAGCCUCUCUGCUCAGCUGCUUUUCUCUGGAAGCAUGGAAAUCUGGAUUCUCCAUUGGCAUCAUCCUCCCCGGUGUCACCUCGUGCUGUGUGGGACCCUCUGAGAGAAAGGAAACGUUGUCAUGGCAACCCUCCAUCCCAUCCAGGAGUGCCAGGACAUCCUCCUGCCAUGUCCUGAGCCCAGAGCUCCGAGCUGCUCCUGCCUGCCCAGCCAAAGGUUUCCAAAGCUGCACACCAAGGCCAAGACCCCGUCUAUGCACUGUCACACCUCCCUGUGCUGCCGUGUCCCUGUCACGUCCCGUGGCACCAUGGACCCUGUGGGGUCAUUCUGGACCUGUGGGGCCUCAGAGGGGACCAGGAGCCCAUCACACCCCCCUGGCAGUGCCAUCACACCCCCUGCUCGGGGUCCUGUGUCACCUAUGCAAGUACCUCUGUGUCCCCCCUGUGUGUCCCUGCUGUCCUGGCUGUGGGUGGGGGACCCUCCCCUUGUCCCCAUGGCUGCUCCAGUGAAUUCCCCCAGCUCCCUGCUGGUCUGGGGGUGGGCUCAGCCCUGAUCCAGCCACGAUGGGCCCCGGAGGGUGACAGGGACACUGGGACAGGCUCUGUUAAAAUAAAACCUUUAUUCCACUGG